AUGGACAGGAGUGGAGCUAAUGGAGGCUUCCAGCACUCAGUACGCGAAACCACCUCGCGGUUGCGUGCAGGCGUGCAGCGAAAGAAUGAACUCAUUGAAUUAUUAGCCGCGCCUUUAGCUGCCUGCAGUCUUCUCCCUCCAGCACUUCAACGUUGCAAUACUCGGCCAUAUCCGUUCUCCUGCAGUGCUGCGUGGCAUCGAUGGGUACCUGCAUUACUGAGCGUGCUUUUGGAACAUGUCGUUCCACACUGGUAUCAACCACUGAAAGACGAAGGACAGGCCGAUAUUCUGAAUCAAUACUUCUGUCCUGUCGACGUUAACUCUGAGAUGGCUCCUGUAUUCUCUUCCAAUGCAUACAUACUACUAUCUGUGCCAUCUAUUGAUGACUUCGGUGCGACCAUGCUGUCAAAUUUGUUGAUGGCCCACCCAUUGCACAAGCUAUUCACUUCAUCUAUCGAAUAUCAGCGUUCGGGUAUUAGUGACAUCGAAUGGGAGGCUCUUGUUCAAGCAUACAUAUCAAUAAGCACCAGAGUGGCCAACUCCAAUUUGUACGUGAGGGCGGACUUCGCUGGGUAUGUUUCAUCAGCAUUGCGCUUUCCUCCUCUCAUCAUAUUACGGAAAGGAGAUCCACCAGGGGUGAGCCCCGUAUUGCACUUCCUGCGAAAACUGGUCCAGACAGGAGGAUUCCCCCUCGUUCGAGAUGACAUGCGUGUGUCUUUCUUCCCCUGUUGCCUUCCCAUCAUGCGCAAGCGUUUUUCAACUGAUAGUGACGGGAACUACUCAGUCGUCUGGUCAAAAUUAGUUUCUUCAUUACCCGUCACAUUGUCGCAACCGAUUUUAACAUCAUUAAUAUCAAAUCUUCCCUUGGAACCCCAAGUCUUAGCUGCCCAUGGGAAAGUACGCUCCCGAGUGAAGGGGCUUGCGAAAUUGGUCGAAAGCAUAUUUGGAAGCAUUCGGGCGGAAUCCGAUGAUUUGUGGAUUCCGCUGGAGGCAGUGUUCCUUGGGCGGUCCUGGGAUGAGCGGAUUGCCCGUGUUCUAGUGUGUUGGGUAUCGAAUGCACUCGAUACUGGUGAGAUCGUUGAACACAAUAUUAUAAAUCUCCUACAUAAAACGUUGACAGUGUGGGCUUCAACGCCACACAUGCAAAAUCUUCUAGUCUCUCGGCAUCGGUAUAUCACUUGCAUCCUGUUUUUAUGCCUUUCAUAUCUUCCCAAGUCGUCCAAGCAUCUCGAAGAACUUGCCACUUCACCUUCUUUCCUAUCAUCGGUAUCGAAGUACAUUGGCAAUCUGGAUCCCAUAAUUCGUCGGCUAGGAAUGGCCCUUGCUGAGUAUCUGGCGGAGCUGAGCGGCCGAACACUCCAAUUCGGUGACUGGGACGGAGACAAAGAUGGCAGAGAUUGGAUUCGUCAGCUAAGGGUACUUGUUCGAUCACCGGACGUGCUGGCGCAGCAUCACAACGAUGAAAUGAAUGUCGGAGACCAACUUGAUGAGCUCAACCCAAGAGAUUUAAUUCCUGUAGAGAGGAAGGAUGCCUCUCACAUCAUUUUCAAGGCUGCUGAUUCAGAUGAUGAAUCCGUUGUUGGAUACGGCUCGUCUCCAUCAUCUUCACGUCCCCCAUCGCCGACGCCAAGCGAAUUGGAUGAAAUUGAAAACGACCCUACAUUGCGUGUCGGGGGAGGGCUGAGUAAGCAGAGGAUCGUGCGCCCCGUCUACCUUGUCACUUUAGGCGAGCUACUGCGCCCUUCCAAAGCCCAAGAGGAAGAUCAAUUCCAGAAGCUGCAGAUGGCCUUGACUCAUGGUGAGGAACUUAUACGGAGAAAGAAGGACUACGGGACCGAGCUUGAGGAGAAUGCAGCAAACCUAACCCUUGCAUUCGUGGGGUUGCAAGACAACUACGAUAUGAGCAAGUUUGAGGAAUAUCGAGAAAAAGGGCUCACGGCGCUAGUUGCAUGCUGCCCUAGAAUCGCCGCCCCAUGCAUAAUUGAGCAAUUCUUCCACAACCAGUAUUCGACAACCCAAAGGUUUGCGAUGCUCACUGCAUUGGCCCUGGGUGCUCGCGAGUUGGCGGGCUUGACUGCGGCACCAUACAUACCUAGCAAGCUUUUCCCGAGCAAAAUGCUCCCAAGCAGCCUUCACGAGCGAUAUAUGAUGGAAGGGUCCUCAAGAGAAACCACACUCGCGUUGCUAGCCGAUUCAAUUAGUCAAAUGGCACUUCAGCGUGGCAAAGAAGAUGCAGAGCAGAAGGUCCCUCAAAUUAUCCGAGAGAAACAACUCCGCCUCAAAUCAGAUGCAUCACGACUAGUCCGUGAAACAGGUUCCCACGAGCAGUUGGGCAGUGGUUUCAAGGAUGUUGCAGCAGAGUUUUUCAUCAUGCCGUUCGUUUCCAGGUUUUGGCAGUACCUUCGAGAUGAACAAGCCCGAGAAAGCCGCUCGUACCAGGGAUCCGGUCAGCGGUACCGGUAUCGCGGAGCUGGAACGGGGAUGAUACUUGAUGCCCUUGUCUUGAGACAAAUACUUAACACCUUAGCUGUGCUCCUGCAUGCUGCUCGUCAUUCCAUAGCAUUUCUUUCCCUCUUAUCCCCGGAAACGUUGGAACUCGCAGUGAGUAUAGGAACUCGCCCAGCUAGCUUGACCUCGCCUCUGGGAUCCAUCGCAUCCCAAGAUGAGGCCGACGGCGACGGCGAUCAAGGAGAAACGCAUGCAUCCGUCGUUGCAGCAGCACUGGAGCUCACACUCGUGAUCUUAGACGCAUCCAAGGAUCUUGACGGUGGAAGGGUACUCGCACUGGAGAGAACUUCGCUAUUGUUAGCAGUGCGAGAAUGGGCAGGUGAUAUUUUCAGGUUGCUGGAAACGCGAGGAAGUGUGGAUUUGGGGAGCAACAGCAGCACGCUGAACAGAGCGCGAAGAGCGGCGGCAGGUGUCACACUUGGAGUACAGGAAGUAAUGGAAAAAUGGGGUAGAUCUGUCAGCUGGCUGAUGUAA